AUGGCUGCCUCCAUCCCCGCCGACGACAAUGAUGCGCCUACGUAUCGCCCGCGAAGCUACCAGGUCGAGAUGUUCGAGGCCAGCCUGAAGGAGAACAUCAUCGUGACCAUGGGCACCGGAAGCGGAAAAACUCACAUAGCCCUGCUGCGCAUUGUCCGCGAGCUGGAGACAAAUCCCCACCAGUUGAUCUGGUUCCUGACCCCCACGGUCGCGCUGUGCCUGCAGCAGUACAAAUUCCUCGCCGAAACUCUCCCCACCCUCAGGGCUAGAACCCUCACUAGUCUGGACAAGGUCGAGCUAUGGACCGAGCAGUCCAUCUGGGACGCCGUCCUUAAGGAUACCCAGGUCGUCGUGUCGACUCACGCCGUGUUGGCGGACGCCAUGACCCAUGGCUUCGUGAGGAUCACUCAGCUGGGGCUGAUGAUUUUCGAUGAAGCCCACCAUUGCAUGCGACGCCACCCGGCCAACAAGAUCAUGCAGGACUUCUACCAUCCGGCUCUGGCGGCGCAUGGGCCGGAUGCGGUUCCCAAGAUCUUGGGGCUGACGGCAAGCCCCGUGAUGAGGUCGAAGCGGACCGAGCUGUUAAAAAUCGAAUCCAACCUCAAUGCCCGUUGCAGGACGCCGCGCAUGCAUCGCUCUGAGCUGUUGACGCACACCCAUCGGCCCCUUCUGCAGCAAAUCCUGUUUUCGCCGCACCGUGUGGAAGAGGCUGGAAGCAAGACGUUACGAGCGCUUGUGAACGCCUGGAACGCCCUGGAUCUGGAGAACGACCCGUAUAUCAAGCAAUUGAGGCGCAGCCCGCUCGAUGGGAGAGCGUUGCAGCAGGCGCUGCUGACGCAGAAAACCUACUGCAAUGACCAGCUGAAGCGGUUUGUGGCUAGAAGUCUGAAUAUAUACGAGGAGCUGGGCGAGUGGGCGGCCGAUUACUUUUUCCUGCUGUCGUUGGAACAGCUUAAAUCUAGGGCUAACGACUCGCGCGUCGAGCGCGGAUGCAAUGACGAGGAGAAGGCCUAUUUAUUGGAGAUACUGUCUAGCUUGCCUGUGCCGAACAUUAAUCUCACAUCCUCCGACCCCAAUGCGUUUCCGGUCUCGCCGAAGUUCCAGUCUCUGCUGGCGUUUCUGGAUGUCAAAGGUGAGCUGGAGUUCUCGGGUCUGAUCUUCGCCAAGCAGAGAUCAACGGUGAGUGUUAUGGCCACGUUGCUGGCGAGCCAUCCUCUCACGAAGGAUCGGUUUCGAUGCGCCGCCUACGUUGGCUGGUCCAGCGCUAGCGGCCAGAAGGAUGUUCUGGGUGAGCUUCUCGACUCCCGGAUGCAGCGCGACACACUGAGCGACUUUCAAAGCGGGAAGAAGAACCUGAUCGUCGCGACGGAUGUGCUGGAGGAGGGCAUCGACAUCAGUGCUUGCAGCGUAGUGGUUUGCUACGACAAGCCUCCCAACUUGAAGUCGUUUGUGCAGAGGCGAGGGCGUGCGCGCCACAAGGAAUCCACAUAUGCCAUCAUGUUUGCGAUAGAUGACGAGUCCGCGGAACUGAGCAAGUGGGAGGAUCUGGAGAAAGCCAUGAUCGAGGCGUACGAGGACGAUGAACGGGAUCUGCUUGAGGCCAGGUCUCUGGAGACCAGCGACGAAGAAGUGAUCGAAAGAUUUGAGGUCAAGGCUACUGGUGCUGUUCUGACGGCGGAUACUGCCGUUGCACAUCUGACCCAUUUCUGCGCCGUCCUGCCGAGGCAACGGUACGUCGACACUCGGGCAGCAUAUUCGUUUGAAAAGGACGACUCGGGACUAUUGAAAGGAAUGGUGAUUCUGCCGGCUUGCGUCCACCCUGACGUGCGCCGUGCCGAAGGAAAGAUGUGGUGGAAGACUGAGCGGGCAGCACGCAAAGAGGCGGCUUUCCAGGCAUAUAAGGCUCUCUACGAGUUUGGUCUUCUGAGCGACAACCUGCUUCCAUUUACCGGGACCGUGGAGCCGGCAGCCAAGGGCUUCGCGGCCCUGCAGUCCAUCUUGGAGGUAUCGGAACAAUAUGAUCCCACGGUCGACUGGGCUUGUUCGUGGUCAUCGCCGGAUCUCCACCAGACUCGCAUCGCCGUGCGCCAGAACAACGCGCCUCCUAUGUUCAUCAGACUGACUACCCCCACUGGCCUUCCUCCGAUUGAGCCCAUAACGCUGUUCUGGGAUAGCGAGACGACAUUCACGUUGACCUUUGAAACACCAGAGCGGACUCCAGGGGUCAGCUAUGAUGCUAUCGCCAAUAUGAGGGAGGCAACCGCGCUCUACCUCCAGGCGGCCACCUCUGGCACGCUCGGUCGGGGCCGGGAUUUCGUGACCUUAUUUGGGCCAGAUGUGCAUCACUCCGAGAUCCCCGACUGGAUUAAUCGCCACCAAGGAGACGAGCUUGCGUCGGACGUCCACUCCCGCGGCGAUUCGCCCGGUAUACUGGGCCUGGUCCGGGAUCGCGCGCUGUACGGCCCUCUCAUGCUUUUCCGACGGUGGAUCGUGACGCAGGAAGGUGAAUCACAGGUUCUCAAGCUGGAAUGCGACCGGGCUCCCCGUCGCAAGAACCUUCUGCAUAACUGUAACCUGGCCAUCGGCUCGACAGAGAAGGGGAUAUUGUCUGAGGCGUCGUCCAAAACGCGCGUGAUCUCCGCCAGCACAGCCACCAUAGACAAGCUGCCUUACUCAGAGAGCAGAUUCGGUUGGUUCAUCCCGGCAUUGACCGACAGACUCGAAGCAAACCUGGUUGCCGCGCGACUCGCCGAGACGGUCCUGCGCGACAUCAAGUUCUCCGACGCGCGCCAUAUCAUCACGGCCAUCACAACCCCGUCGUCGCAAUCCCCAACCCACUACCAGCGAUACGAGUUCUUCGGGGACUGCGUCCUCAAAUUCACCGUCUCAUGCCAGCUCUUCUUCGAGCACCCCAACUGGCACGAGGGCCUCCUCUCCGUCGGCCGCGACGAUAUCGUGCGGAACCCACGACUCGCGCGCGCCGCAUUAGAAAGCGGCCUCGACGCAUUCAUCAUUGACAAGAGGCACCUUCCGCGCAAAUGGGCCGCGCCACUUAUAUCCACCAAUCUCACCACCACGUCUACCCGCCGCAAAGUCUCGCUCAAGGUCCUCGCGGACGUCGUCGAGGCGCUCGUCGGCGCCGCCUACAUUGACGGCGGCUUCCCCCUCGCGCACGAAUGCAUCCAGCGCUUCCUCCCCGAAGUCAACCUGCAGGGCCUGCACCGCAACGAGAACCUCCAGCCUAAACCCACGACACCACAAACAACCCAUCACAUCCUCAACGAGGCCGCCCUGAUGGACCACAUCGGCUACACCUUCACCGACCCCUCUUUCCUCGUCGAGGCCCUCACCCACUCGUCCUGCCAGUACGACUCCUCCACGCAGUCCUACCAACGCCUCGAAUUUCUUGGCGACGCCGUCCUCGAUAUGAUCAUCAUGACCGUCAUCCUCGCCCAUCCCACCCAGGUCUCCGCAGGCGACAUGAGCCUAAUCAAACACGCCGUGGCCAACGCGAACCUGCUCGCCUUUUUGUGCAUGGAAUUCGGCUUCCAGGAGCCCUCUCCAACCUCAACCCAACCCCCCCUCCCGAUACACAACUACAUGCGCUUCAGCGCGCCCCAGCUCCAUGUCGCCCGCGCCACCGCCCACACCCGCCACCUCACCCACCGCCCCACCAUCCUAGAAGCCCUCGCCCACGGCCCCAACUACCCCUGGCUCCCACUCAGCCAACUGAACGCCGACAAAUUCUACUCCGAUCUCGUCGAGAGCCUGCUGGGCGCGAUCUUCGUCGACUCGCGCGGCGACAUGGCCGCCUGCGAGCGCUUCCUGGAAAGAAUCGGCCUGCUGUGGUAUCUGCACCGCAUGCUGGAUGAGGGAAUGAAUGCUCGGCAUCCGAAGAAUACAGCCCAGGAGAUGCUUGCGCGUCGGGGAAUAGGCACGCCGAUAUUUACGAAGAAGAGGUGUGAGGGCAAUGCUAAUGCUAAUGGUAAUGGUGAUCGGGAUAGCGAUGGCGAUGGCGAUGGCAACUCCGAUGCCGGUACCACAACCUAUAAAUGUGUGGUGGACGUGGCUGGGGAGCAGGUUGUCGCUGUGGAGGGGUGUAUAUCGUCGGAAGAGGCGGAGCUUAAGGCUGCCUUGCAGGUAAUAGACAUUUUUGGGGCGGAGGAGGGAGGAGGAGAGGGGGAGGAGUUGAUUGAGUGAUUGAUGUAUGUAUGCAUGGGAUCUGUGGUUGUCAUCAUGUUGUAUAU